CGUGCCGACGCCCCGUUCCAGGGUUGUCGUGCUAGCGCUUUGGCUCGGUGCUCUCGUUUCCACGCGUUCUUGUCUGCUCACUCACCAGAGUUCCAAGUCAUGGCGCCUCCGAAGUCGAACCAGCACGUCGUCGCAGAGGAUGGCGCGCAGCCGCCCUUUGAGCCAGACGCGCUCGAGAUGUCCCCAUCGGGCGAGACCCAAUGGGAAGGGCCGCCCGACUCCCUCACGGACUCUAUGGUGCGAGAAGACUACGCCAACACCAUUCCAGUUGAAGUGCUGCAGCAUCGCCGCUCGCUAGAGCCAGCCCGCCCAGAGAAGAUGGUCAAUAUUCCAUCGCCAACGCCAGGGACAGCAGGCAGUGCCUCAUCGGGGCAGGCCGCGCCACCUCCAGUUGUGCGCUUCGCCGAUUUGGCGAAGAAGCUCAGUGAGGCUCCGACGCCGCAGUGCUCGUUCAAGAAGGAGCUCGCGGCAGCAGCGGUCAGGACGAAAAUAGCCACGGAGAAGCUGAUCAUGACGGCAGCGUCCCGCUGGAACAGGUGGGAGGACGUCCCGGUUGGCAUCCAGCAGGGCUUCAUCGACAAGUUGGGCUCGAGGUUCCCGGUGAAGUUUGGGGAGCUGCCCGUCGAGAGCACGAGCUACAAGGAGCUGGCGGUGAGAGCGCUUGCCCCUCCUUGCCGCGGCAUUUGGUGCAGCAUGGCUGCUUCAGUCGUGGCGGACGAGGAGAUUCUGGGAGAGGGGCCUGAUGUUGGAGACCUUCCGUGCUUCCAGUGCGGUCUCUGCGAGAUGGACAUUGCGCACGCAGACACGAGCAAGAAGGAUUGGAAAGGCAUGUGUCUCCACGGGCGUUGUUUCAAUGCGAUACGGGCCCACGACCGCUUCCUGGAGGGAGCGCCGCAGCACGUGGUUGAUAAAAUGAACCAGGACUUCGAGCUCGACCGUCCCGCUUGGCAAGAACGCAUCCGUCCUUGGAUCGACCCUGCCAAGGUCGCGAGGGACAGCGCCAGGGAGGUGACCAAGAGGUUCUUCACCGUGACAGAGACGAAAUCGAAAGAGACUCAGAAGGGGAUCGAUGACGACAUUAUCGUCUCUCGGACGGAGUUCAUGGCGUUCGAGGGGUUCUGGCACAGGAAGACAGAUGAGGAGAGCACGCUUGAGUUUGAACGGAUUCACGCAGAGCAGAAGGGCAAGUACGACGUGACGUGGGUGGAAGACGGCGAGGUGAAAGUUCUGCAGAAGAUAGCUACGAAGGACAUCGGCCGCAUCAGGACGUCCAAAGGCGAGUCCAAGUCCAAUUGCAGCAUGCAGGUGGAGAUGGAGACGUCUGCGUUCGAUGCGGAGGUGAAGCGCAGGCGCCUCAUGGCCAAGUCGUCGGUUUCUGCUUCGUCCUGCGAUGGUCGAAUGCCGCCGUCGCAUGUUCCGACCAACGCCCGCUCAGCCGAGCACUACCUGACCUUCGGCGACAGCCGCUCCAGGGCCGACAGCGUGGACACCUUGGACGCCUCCACGGUCGGUGUGGCGACGUCGCCUCGCGAGGCGCUUCGGGAAGCUGAGGCUCCAGACACAAGCAAGGACGGCGCGAAGUUGAAGAAGGGGGCGCCGUCUGAGAAGGGCGGCAAGACCAAGCUCUUCAAACCCAAGUCGGAUAUCAACAUUGACGACGCCACCAGGGAGCGCGUCGCGCCGACGCUGGAGGACAUCGAGAAGAUGGAGCCCGUCGUGUUCAUGGAGGUGAAGCGGCACUGGAGUGAGAUGGCGUCCCACGUGCACGCUGGUUUCAUGUCUACUGGGUCGGGCUACGUGUCUCAGCUCAGGGCCGCCAGCGACGCUGUGGGCACCGAGGCGCAGAAAGACCUUGACAUGCCGACCGACGAGCUGAUCAAGAGCAUCAGCAGUAUUGCGCAGGAGAUUCAGGAAGGUGUCGAGAGGCUCGGUGCUGACUGCAACAAGUCGAGCUUCGCAGAGAUUUCUGCUAGGCUUCAUUCCAAGAUAGACGAGAUCGAGAAGACGAAGAAGCAGGUGUAUACUCAGUUGGACGGCCUUCGGUAUCUCAACGAGAAGGGCGGACGCGGCAAGCAGAUCGAGUACAUGAGCCACUACAACAAGCGCAUCAAGAUAAUGCGCAGGCUGAUGAAAUGCAAUUUCUCGAAGGAGCUCGCCGACAACAUCUCCAGCGAGCCCUGCGCCAAGGGCGGCAAGCUGAAGAAACCUCUGCUGUUCCAGGGCUCCGUGGCACUGAAUGGCAGCAGCGUCGACCCCUUCAAGAUCACGGUGUGGAACGACCCAAAUUCUGAGGUGCACAAUGCGGUCUCCAGGAUGAUUCAGACUAACUCCGAGGCCAUCAAUAACAAGAUCAAGGUUCACGACACCUCAUUCGACACCAAAGGCCAGAACUGGCUAGGCUGCCUGGGUCGCGUGACGAGCGACUGGGUGGUUACCGACGUGGAGGCGUUGGGCGACGGCUACUUCGAGCUUUGUACGGGUGGUGUAUCGCCGUGGUUGAUGACGAUCAAGGCCGAUUGCCCUCGCUGGGGUCCAGCGUCCGUUCCUCUCGUGGGCUUCGAGUGCAUGGUGAUUGCACGCGCGAAGGAUACCCGCAUCAUGUGCCACGAGGCGGCGACAGUGCUGCAGAACGGCGUGUCGCUCAAGGACUUCUUGAAGUUCGCGGAGACUGAAGAGGGCAGCAACGGCAUCCAAGGCUCGAAGAUUAUCCAUUUGAAGAUUGGUGAGAUUCUGCACGUGCCGAUGGGCACGAUGAUCAUGCCUUUGUACCACCCGCUGGAGCUCCAGCAGACCAAGAAGAUGCCGCUGAGCCAUCUCAUCGUGCUGCCGCUGCUCCACGCGGAGAACGCCAAGACG